ACUGUUGAAAAACCAUUAAAAGCUGUCGCUUUCGCUUUCGUUUUCAAUGUCAAAGUUGGUCGGUCGCUUUCUUCACCGAGGAGGCGUCAGUCGUGGUAGCAGCGCGUUCGGCCCAAGCAAUAACGAACGCAGAAAUUGGUGUGCCCGUGCGAGCAGAAUACCGUUAACCGCUACCCUCCCCGCUCCGCGAACGCGUGGAAGCCGCCUGCGCCAGAGUAUUGUGUCAGUGGGGCUACGGUAUCAUCGGUCUCGAGUAGUAGUCGGCGCUUUUAGUAACUUUUGCGGUUAUUGUACGAGUGCCACAGCGGAGAUCGCGAGAAAAAUGCCCGCGGCAACUAAGCCCUUCCAGAGACUGCCCACGAAUGUGAAGCCGGAACAUUAUAGGCUCACGUUGGAACCAGAUUGGAAGACGCUCACGUUCAAAGGAGACGUGUCGAUCAAAAUUGAGGUGGUGCAGGCGACCAACGAGAUCCUCCUCAACGCUUUAGAUUUGAAGGUGGCCAGUGCGGGUGUGAAGGGCGACAAGCUCUACGUGCCGAAAGAUGUCCAACUCACCCCGUCCGACGAAACGCUGUCACUCAAAUUCGAUACCCACAUCGCCCCUGGUUUUUACACACUGAACCUCGUGUUCGAGGGUGAGUUGGGCGAUAAAAUGAAGGGCCUGUACCGUAGCAAGUACGUCAACGAGAAGGGGGAGGAGUCGUACGCGGUGGUAACCCAGUUCGAGGCGACGGAUGCGCGUCGUUGCUUCCCCUGCUGGGACGAGCCCGCCCUCAAGGCCACGUUCGACAUCAGCCUCGUCGUGCCGAAGCAUCUGGUCGCGCUCUCCAACAUGCCGGUCAAACGAAAAGAGGAAUGCGGCGAGGUCGUCCGGUAUGACUUCGAGGAGACGCCCGUCAUGUCGACGUACCUGGUAGCCGCCGUCAUCGGCGAGUACGACUAUGUCGAAGACAAGUCAAGCGACGGCGUUUUGGUCCGGGUGUACACGCCGAAGGGGAAGAAGGAGCAGGGCCUGUUCGCUCUAGAGGUCGCCACCAAAGUGCUGCCCUACUACAAGCAGUACUUCGAUAUCGCGUACCCGUUGCCCAAGAUCGAUCUAAUCGCCAUAGCGGAUUUCAGCGCCGGCGCGAUGGAGAAUUGGGGACUCGUGACAUACAGGGAAACGGCACUACUGGUCGACCCUCAAAACACUUCGGCCGUGAGUAAGCAGUGGAUCGCCUUGGUGGUGGGCCACGAGCUCGCGCACCAAUGGUUCGGCAAUUUAGUGACAAUGGAGUGGUGGACGCACCUGUGGUUGAACGAGGGCUACGCGUCUUUCGUCGAGUUCCUCUGCGUCGACUACCUGUUCCCCGAGUACGAUAUAUGGACGCAAUUCGUCAACGAAUCUUACAUUAGAGCACUGGAGCUCGACGGUCUGAAGAACUCGCAUCCGAUCGAGGUACCUGUCGGUAACCCUUCGGAAAUCGACGAGAUUUUCGACGACAUCAGCUAUAACAAGGGCGCUAGCGUCAUCAGGAUGCUGCACCAUUACAUCGGCGACGAGGACUUCAGGAAAGGCAUGCACGUGUACUUAACCAAACACCAGUACAAAAACACGUUUACCGAGGACCUGUGGCAGGCGCUCGAGGAGGCCAGCAACAAACCGGUGGGCGAGGUCAUGUCCACGUGGACGAAGCAAAUGGGUUUCCCGCAAGUGACGGUCAGCAGCACGCCUCUAGCGGGCGGCAAGGGCGUUAAACUGACCCUCACCCAGAGCAAGUUCACCGCGGACGGCUCGCCCGCCUCCGACGACUACCUCUGGAUGAUACCCGUGUCCAUAUCUACCUCGAAGAACCCGCGCGAGGAGGCGGUCUCGACGGUUCUCAAGGCGAGGACGACCGAGAUCACGGUGGCCGACGUCGAACAGACCGACUGGGUAAAGGUCAAUCCCGGCACCAUCGGGUUCUACAGGACCAAGUACCCGUCCGAUAUGUUGGAAAAGUUCGUGCCGGCCAUCCGCGACAAGACCCUGCCCCCUUUGGACAGAUUAGGUUUGCUGGACGACCUUUUCGCGAUGGUCAAGGCCGGCCACACCGGCACCGUCGAGAUCCUCAAGUUUUUGAACGCUUUCGAAGACGAGACCGACUACAACGUGUGGUCGUCGAUCAACAACAUACUGAGCAGGUUGUCGCAACUCCUGGGCAAUACGGAACACAAACCAGGCUUCGACAAGUAUCAAAAGCAAUUACUCAGGAAGGUGUACGAGCGCCUUGGUUGGAACGUGCGCGCGAACGAGACCCACUUGGACACGUUGCUCAGGGGCUUGGUGCUCGGUCGCAUGGCGCUGCUCAGCGACAAGGCGACGAUCGAGGAGGCUCGCGCGCGCCUCGCUAAGCACAUUGCUGGUGACGAGGUGCUUCCUGCGGACAUGCGCAGCGCGUGUUACCGGGCGGUGCUCAGGGCGGGCGGUCAGGACGAGUACGACACGUUGCUGAAGCUGUACCGAUCGACCGACCUCCACGAGGAGAAGGACCGGAUCAGUAGGUCGCUGGGCGCUGCCCAAGAUCCGGCACUGCUGAAGAAGGUGCUCGACUUCGCGAUGUCGGAUGAGGUCAGGUCGCAGGAUACCGUGUUCGUCAUCAUAUCGGUGUCGCACAACGCGAUCGGACGCGACCUCACUUGGGAGUUCUUCAAGAGCAACUGGGACAAGAUCCUCGAGAGAUACAGCGGGUUCCUGCUCACGCGUCUCGUCAAGUACCUGACGGAGAAUUUCGCGACGGAACAGAAGCUUCGCGAGGUGGAGACGUACUUCAAGGAGCAUCAGGCCCCGGGCACCGAACGAACCGUCCAGCAGGCGGUCGAAACGAUCCAGCUGAACGUCGACUGGCUGAGGAGAGACGGGGCCGCCAUCAGGGAUUACCUCAAGUGAUUUCCGGUUACUUAAGUUUGUACUUAACUCGUUUUUUUCCCCUUCUUUACUUUAUUUAAACGGUAAUUUACGCCAGUUACUUGUACCUAGUUUAAUUUUAGGAUUUUUAAAAAAAUAAAAACUGUUCGCAGAUUUGACGGUCACUCCCCUA